GAAAACCAUAACAAAGGCAACCAAUCGAAAGGCUGGAAAAGGACGAAAUAGGGGCGUAGCUGAUGCAUGCUCAGACUGCUGACUGUAGCGCGAUAUUUUUACAGGCUGUAAAGACUCUGGUUUUGUUGAAGCGUUUAUUUAAACUUGAGAAAAAUGAUGUCCGGUGGUCCUAAAUUUUUCAAGUCCUUCCACAGACUUUAUACGACAAUUUUUGCUCUUUCUUCAGGCCAGGGAAAGUGUGGAGUAGCAGUAAUUCGAGUGUCUGGCUCAAAAUCUGUGGACGUUUUGAAAAGUUUGACAGGAUUGCAGAAGCCCCCACCUGCACGAACUGCGCUUUUGAAAAAAUUGCGGCAUCCUGUUUCAGGACACACAAUAGACAAAGGACUUAUUUUGUACUUCCCACGUCCACACAGUUUUACUGGCGAAGAUGUCGUCGAAUUUCACGUACACGGAGGAAGGGCUGUGGUGUCCGCUAUGUUGUCUGCCGUGGGACAAAUACCAGACUGCUUCCCUGCUCAGCCAGGGGAUUUCACAAAACGCGCUUUUUACGCUGGAAAGAUGGACCUGACAGCCGUGGAGGGUCUCGCAGACUUGCUGUCGGCUGAAACUGAGGCUCAACGUAAGCAGGCCCUGCUUCAAAUGGAGGGACACUUGGGAAAAUUAUAUAACGAGUGGGCUCAAACUCUUGUGAAGUGCAUGGCACAUGUGGAAGCUUACAUCGACUUUUCUGAGGACGACAAUAUAGAAGAUGGUGUCUUGGAAGCUGUUGAAAAGAAGUUAAAAGUCCUGGCAGAGGAAAUUAAAAGUCAUUUGAGUGAUGGACGACGUGGGGAAAUUCUCAGAUCUGGAGUGCAGGUCUCGAUUGUUGGUGAACCAAAUGUGGGGAAAAGCAGUCUUCUAAAUACGCUAGCUCAGAGGCCAGCAGCGAUUGUGACGUCACAAGCUGGCACAACAAGGGAUCUUGUGCGAGUUUCCAUGGACCUGGGCGGUUUUCCAGUUCAACUCUGUGAUACGGCUGGACUACGGGAGGCCAGUGAUGAAGUGGAAAAAGAGGGAAUACAUAGGGCAAAGGCUGCAGCCGCGAAAGCUGACCUUCUUUUACUGGUUGCCUCUGCACCGCUACUCCCCAAAGUUCCUUUGGAACAAGCCCUGCAAGACUAUUUGAAAACUUGCGGCCUCAAUAUUAAUUUGGAAGACUGCAUCGUGGUUUUAAAUAAAUCAGAUUUAAUUCCAGAUAAAAUCAAGGAGCUGCCAGAAAAUGUAAUUCUAACUUCAUGUGAAAGCGGGGAAGGAAUCAGCCAGCUCUUAAACAUAUUGCAAAAUAGACUAACUAGUCUUUGUGGCGACCCAUCGAGGGAAUGCCCAACGAUUACUCAAGCUAGACACCGAAGUUAUCUUGAAACCUGUUUGGAAUAUUUGCACGAAUACCAGCGGUCCCUGGAAGCAGAAAAAGACUUGGUAAUUGCCGCGGAGCAAUUGAGGCAGGCGCUGCGCCACCUGGGUAUGCUGACGGGGAAGGUAUCGACGGAACAGCUGCUGGAUCUCAUCUUUUCAGAGUUUUGCGUAGGGAAAUAAUCAAUAAAAUUAAA